AUGAUAUGUGAAAACAUUCUCUCACUUGUGGAAGGUAACGUUACAAUAGAGGUGAAAACUCUUGUUACUCACAUUAGAGAUAUGUUCAAUUAUACAAUCUCGUAUAAAAAGGCUUGGAUUGCAAAAAACAAGGCAAUCGUAAGAAUUUAUGGAGAUUGGGAUGAGUCAUAUCAGCAGCUUCCACAAUGGUUGAUGGUGAUGAAGAGGUGGCUUCCAGGAACAGUUGUCAAAAUGGAGACAAGUCCAACAGCGUUAGAUGGUCAAGUUUUCUUUGAACGCCUAUUUUGGACUUUCAAACAAUGCAUUCAAGGUUUUGCGUUUUGCAAGCCAAUUGUGCAGGUCGAUGGAACGUGGUUGUACGGAAAGUAUAAGGGGACGUUGUUGCUGGCCGUCGCCCAAGAUGGAAACAACCAUAUUUUUCCGGUCGCUUUCGCAAUUGUCGAAGGAGAAACCAAGGAAGCGUGGAACUUUUUCCUGAAAAAUUUGAGGAAGUACGUCACUCCACAAGAAGGUAUAUGCGUCAUCUCAGAUAGGCAUGCAUCCAUUAAAAGUGCUUAUGAAAAUCCUUUGAAUGGUUGGAAUAAUCCUCCAACGACGCAUGUCUACUGCAUCCGACACAUCGGCCAGAAUUUUGUGAGAGAAAUCAAACAGAAAAAUCUUCGGCCGUUAGUUACAAAUAUGGGAUAUGCACCCAGCGAACCUUCAUUCAAAUACUGGCGGAACGAACUUAGGAAGGAAAGUGUGGAGGCUUUAAAUUGGGUUGAUAAAAUCCCGAAAGAAAAAUGGACGCAGGCGUACGAUGGAGGUCGUCGGUGGGGUCACAUGACGAGCAAUCUUGUCGAGGCGAUGAACUCAGUCUACAAGGAAAUUCGCAGCCUACCAAUCACAGCAUUGGUCAAAGGAACAUACUCUAAGACUGCGACACUUUUUGGAACACGCGGAAUGGAUGCAAUGGCUGUGUUAGCUUCUGGUCAGGUGUAUUCUGUGCCAUUUCAGAAAAGGCUAACAGAUGCAAUGACUAAGGCCCACUCACAUGUAGUCACUCGUCAUGAUAGGCAACGUUUCGCAGUGAAGGAAACUGAGGAUCCCCGCGAAGGCCGACCAAAGGAUACAUUUAAAGUACACUUGGAAGAAAAAUGGUGUGACUGUGGAAAAUUUCAAGCAUUACAUUUACCUUGUUCACAUGUUAUUGCUGCUUGUUUUCACGCUCAUUUGGACUAUCAAGUGUACAUUGAUGAUGUGUUCAAAGUUGCCAAUGUAUGCCGCGUUUAUGAGAAUACCUUCCAAGUGGUUCAAGGCCAAAUGUAUUGGCCGACAUACGAAGGCCCGAAACUUUUUCCCCGUCCUGAUAUGAAAAGGGUCAAGAAAGGUCGUCCAAAAAAGAACCGCAUUAGAACCGAAAUGGACGAAUUCGGCAAAAAAGAGCGCCUAUGUGGUUUAUGUAGAAUGCCGGAUCAUAACAGAAAUAAUUGUCCUAAUGUUGCGGGACCCUCGUCGUAA